UGGCAGGGAUCCUCCCAUUUUCCCUUCUGCAAUGGUUAUUGUGGUCUAUCCUCCGCAUAAACCCUAAUAAACCCCUGCUCUCUCUCUCUCUCUCUCUCAUACGGCCAUUCGCUUGGAAGGAAUGCAAUCUCUUAGACCCCUCAACGCCAGAGUCUUCCCUACGACAAGUCUUCUCUGCAAACAUGUGUUCUACUACAGCUUCACUCUCAUCAGGAGUAUGUCACAAUCCACUUCAAUCCCUAAAAAGAUCCAAAGGGUACGUGACCAUGGCUACGAUAACUACAUGGAAGUUCACAAGAAGAUCCUCAAGGUCCUAAAAUUCCAAGAUCUCAUCCUCACUCAACCAAACCAGGCCAUCUGCACUGCCCGCCUCGACACCCUCUCCCGCCGUCUUGGCUUCAAACAAUACGAAGCCGGUGCCUUUGUCCUCAAAUUCCCCCAUAUAUUUGAAAUCUACGAGCACCCAAUUCAGCGAAUUCUCUAUUUUCGUCUCACCCGGAAGGCCAUCCUCCAAAUUGAGCAAGAAAAGCAAGCUCUAGCGGCUCAAAUCCCCGAUGCAGUCACCUGUCUUCGGAAGCUGCUUAUGUUGUCCAACACGGGUCGCCUCCGCCUCGAACAUAUACGGAUUGCCCACCUCGACCUUGGUCUCCCGGAAGACUUUGAAUUCUCCGUAGUUCUCAAGUACCCUCAAUAUUUCCGGCUAUUCGAUGCCACAGACACGCGUUCAAAGUACAUUGAGAUUGUUGAGAGAGACCCCAGUUUGGCUGUUUGUGCAAUUGAGAAGCUGAGGGAGAAGGAGUAUAGGGAGAAAGGAAUUGAUGCAGAAAAUAGUCGGUUUUCAUUCAUCGUCAACUUCCCGCCUGGGUUUAAGAUUGGUAAAUACUAUAAGAUUGCUGUUUGGAAGUGGCAACGGCUUCCUUACUGGUCACCGUAUGAAGACGUGUCGGGUUAUGAUCUCCGGUCGCUUGAGGCGCAGAAGCGUAUGGAGAAGAGGGCUGUUGCAACAAUACAUGAAUUGUUAUCGUUGACGGUGGAGAAAAAGAUUACUUUGGAGAGGAUUGCGCAUUUUCGGUUGGCAAUGAACUUGCCUAAGAAGUUGAAAGAGUUUCUUCUUCAGCAUCAGGGGAUAUUUUAUAUCUCCACCAGAGGGAAUCAUGGGAAGCUUCACACUGUUUUCCUUAGGGAGGCUUAUAGGAAAGGAGAGUUGAUAGAACCUAAUGACUUGUACUUGGCAAGGAGAAAGUUGGCCGAGUUAAUUUUGUUAAGCCCUAGGAAGGCUCAUGUGGAUAGAGAAUUGGGUAACCUUAGGAGAGAUAGAGAACAGGAUGAAAGGGCAAGAAUCAAAAGCGGAUAUGCUGAGGAAAGAUCUGGGAGUUUUAUGGUUGAAGACGAGUUGGCAAUGCAUGGAGAAAUUGGCGUGGAUCCUGAUUUUAGCGAGAAAGAAAGAACUACAGAUGAGGACACUCACUUCAGCGAUUAACUUGGAUUAUAUUCAAUGGCCUUGGAAUAUUUGGAGCCUCACCCAUUUCAAUCUUUCGGAAGCCUCAAUAUCCUUAACCCGAAUGCUUGUGAUUUUGCCUACAAAAAAAUCACAAGUUCUCAGUUCCUUAGUUCCUGAGUGGCAUUAUUAGAAAAGUCUUAAAUUGAAACUCAGAAGUUUCUACAUAGUACUGACCAUGGGUCAUUUUAUGUGCUAUAAAUCUUGGAGAUUCUCAUUUUUGGGUGAGAAUCAUUUUGAAGAGUUUAUUCUAAGAGAAUGUCUCUCCUUUUUGUGGAUGAUUGAAGCACAAUUAGGGGAGAUCCUUGAUGAAAAAGCUUUUUAUGACAGGUGAAGCAUUGACAUUUAUUUGUCCCUAAGUGAAAUAUUCUUUGAGCUUUAGAAUGCUCAAUGAUGUCUAAGAAUGACAACCAUUGACACAGGGAGAAAUAGAAUUGCAAUAUCCUUAGUCCUUAAAUAAAGUGAAGGUUACAUCAAGUUUGAGCUGAAGUUGGGUAUUGAAGUAGAAAGUUGAAGUCCAUUGAAGAGGUCUUGCUCUGAAGAGAUAACUCCUCAUGGCCAAAUUGCCAUCAUCUAAUCCACCUGAACGGCUGAACCAGGUGUUCAUCCUUUGAGCAAAGGAUCAAGUCACCUAAACUGCAUGUUGAUGUAACCAUGGAACUUCUUCACCAUUUUGCUCCCAUCUAACCAUCACUUAGUUUCUGAGUGGCUGAAAUAUAUACAUUGAGGAAGCUAGUGUGGAAAACAAGAUGGGAUACAAUGAUAUGAGAAACCAGUCACUUUUGCGUAGGGAAAUGAUAUAAGAAGGCCAAACAAACUCAGUACAAAUGCUGAGAAAUGAUCUGGUGUUUAGUUCCAUAGAGAUUAGAAAAUAUGACUCCAUAUACAGUUGGGUCUCAGGACUGUGGGCUUUGCAAGAUUUUGAGCUUCAUUUUCAAGUUUGCCAACUGGGCCUGACCCUAGAGAUGACCUAGCCGCUAGAUGAUUCCGAGAUGAGGACCAUGUCAUAUACUCAUCUAGUAAGAGUAUUGAGUAGGAGCUUUUUCAUUUUAAUAUUUGGAAUUUUGGUUUUGAAUAUCCCUUUAUGUAAUAAAUCUUUGGACCAAGUGUGCUCAACUGAACCUCAGCUUUCCUGAAUCUCAGAUUCUCAAAGACUAAUUUAAGCAUUUGCCUAGAAUUUUAAGAACUUUUGUAUGUGUGUGUGUGUGGAUGUGAGGACAAGAAUUUUUGACAUAUAACCUGUUCAAUUCAUGU